AUGUCGGAGAGUGCCAGCGAAUCGGUUGGCUCUCAGCAGCAGCAAAAGAGGCUAGAGCAGCAGCAGCAACAACAACAACAGCAGCAGCACCACCAAGAGGCGACCCACCUGCAGCAGCACCACCUGCAGCAGCAGCAUUUACAGCAGCAUCAUUUGCAGCAGCAGCAUUUGCAGCAGCAGCAACUGCUGCAGCAGCAGCAGCAACUUGAUCCUUCGCGUGCUGCUGGAGUUUCGUUUACCUGCAGCCACCCGGUGAAUCGCAGCAGCAGCAGCAGCAGCGGCGGCAGCAACAGCAACACUGCAGCAGCAGCUGCAACCGACGCAGCAGCAAAUGCAGCAGCAGUAGCAGCAGCAGCAGCAGGAGCAGAAGCUGCUGCUGCAGCAGGACCUGGUUCGGGUGUAUGCAGUUUGGGUGGUGGGAACUGCUUAUUGAAUAGUUCGCUUCAGCAGCAGCAAGUGCAGCAGCAACAAGUGCAGCAGCAGCAAGUGCAGCAAGUGCAACAGCAGCAAGUGCAGCAGCAGCAAGUGCAGCAGCAGCAGCACAUUGCUUCUUCUUCUGUUGCAGCAACUGAAGGGUCGCCCCCUAGCAGCCCUCGCUCUACUUUCUCUUCUGUGCAUUCAUACGGUGUUGAAUUGUUCUCUCCAGGUGUAGUUGCUGCUGCUGCUGCAGGUGGUUUAGACGGUAGCUGCAGCAGCAGGAGCUGCAGCAGCUGCAGCAGUUGCAGCAGCAGCAGCAGUUGUGUACGUGGUGGUGUACCAUUAGGAGCUGCAGCGGUAGCAGCAGCAGCAGCAGCAGCAGAAGCAGCAGCAGCAGCAGCAGCAGCAGGUGCAGCAUCAGGCACAUCAUCAUCAUCAGCAGCAGCAGCAGCAGAUGAUGAAUGCAUGCAUGAAGUUGCUGUCUCUCUUCCUGAGCUUUCUUUCUCUUGUGCACACUUCGUCGCAUAUAAACAUUAUCGAGAGAAGCUGCAUGGACAUAACUAUACAGUAGCAGCAAAACUUAUCGGCAGCUUAAACCCUGAUGGUUAUGUUCUUGACUUCUCAGAAGUUAAGAGAGCUCUUCGUGAUGUCUGCAAGUGUCUGCCGAUAGUGCAUUCGACAGCUGAAGAGUUGAGUGCGUACAUUUGGAAUUGUUUGGUUGACAACUUAACAGAAACCCUUUUAAAGAAGAGAGGGAUCAGGUGUUUGGAGGUGACGGUCUCCGAGAAGGCGACGCAAGCUGCGGAAGAAGUGCUGCUCUUUCCCCUUCUUCUGGGCGUCCCUCUAUGGCAGCAGCAGCAGCAGCAGCAGCAGCAGCAGCAGCAGAAUCAGCAGCAGAAGAAUCAUCUUCCUCCUCCUCCUCCUCUGCAGCAGCAGCAGCAGCAGGAGGAGCAGCAGGAGCAACAACAACAGCAGCAACAGGAGCAGCACCAGAAUCAUCAGGAGCAGCGGAAGCAGCAGAAGCAGGAGGAGCAGCAGCAGCAGCAGCAACAGCAGCAGCAGCAACAGCAGCAGCAGGAGGAGGAGAGACUUAUUGUCUUCCUUCUGUUACAAUAUCCUGCAGACAUGUCUUUGGCUAAGAUGACGACAUCAGGAAGAAGUGCUGCUCUUUCCCCUUCUUCUGGGCGUCCCUCUAUGGCAGCAGCAGCAGCAGCAGCAGCAGCAGCAGCAGCAGAAUCAGCAGCAGAAGAAUCAUCUUCCUCCUCCUCCUCCUCUGCAGCAGCAGCAGCAGCAGGAGGAGCAGCAGGAGCAACAACAACAGCAGCAACAGCAACAGCAUAA